AACUGUGCAUUGAUUGUUCUGUGCCCUUACCGUCUACUCGCGUUAACGCAUUAUUCGACAUUUGUUUUCCUAACGUGAUCCAUCUCGAUAUUGGAUCUUUUAAAGAAAUUAACACUACAUUGUUGGAAAGAUUAUCACAUUGCUUCCCUAAUGUUAAAACUUUGCACAUGGAGGGAUUGGAACGAAGUUCAAGCCGCAACGGUGGUGUAGACGAAUGGGAAAAAACGUUGAAAAUAUUAUUUGAAGAUGAAAGCAUUUUUUCGAAAGUGCAGAAUUUCUUUAUUGGUGAUGUAAGUGACUAUGGCCCAAAAUUGCCAGCGUGCAAACGUCCGCUGAAUUUAUUACAUAUUUAUAACGGAGCAGAUCGUAUGAAUUUCUCCGGGAUUAGAACUUCUUCAUGGUGGUCAACUCUUACCGAACUUUUUCUUGGAUCUAUUGAAAACGACGACACUGAAUAUAUUGGCCAUUUACAUAAUUUGAAGGUUUUCUCAUUGAAUAUGAGUCUUUAUGCCUUCGAUGAACACUUUGCGCAUAUAAAGAACUUGUACAAUUUGGAGGAGCUUAGGGUAUUUUUCGGUGGCCAGGACUGUAACAUUACACAUAUGGGAUUGAUUGAUUUAUUCACUCUGCCAGAGAAGAACCCCGAAAAAUCAUUCCCAUUCAAACUGCAGCAUUUAAUAAUUGCAAAUUACUAUGGAAGCACUUGCGAUCUUUUCGAAGCCAUUGACCGGAACUGUCCAAAUUUGAAAACACUUGGUAUACCAUACAGUGAAUAUGCAAUGUUGGAUAAUGAUAUUAUGUCUUCUGUUGUCAAGAACUUCAAGAACUUAGUUUUUUUGGAUCUAAGCCAUCUCGGGGAUUGUUAUAAAGAUGAGAUUUGGAGUAAUCUGGGCGAUGACGAUUUGCCAAAUUUACGUUUUCUCAGACUUCAUGGGAAUAAGGUUAAUAUUGAAAAUUUACGAAGCCUGAAUUUGAGACGACGCAAGCUGUUAAUUUCAACCAAACAGGAUUAUUUAAUUAACUGGACUGAAACUGAGAAUGGCUUCAUUUUCCAUGAUACUUUUAAUGGUGAUAUCAGAGCCAUAAUGAACGAUUUAUAUCAUAUCGAUGGAUUUCGUGGUUGUUUAAUACACCCCGGAUUUUCCGCAUUCGAGGAUGCUAUUUGUAAUGCUUUAUCACGUUCAUCGUCAGUUGAUUAUCACAAGUAUUGUGGAAGAACAUAUUUUAUCAGAAACCAUUCUGUGUAA